AUGGAGUGCGUGAGGGCGUCCUUUGAGCGGCUGGCAGUGCGCGGGGAGGCCGGGCUGGCAUGGGAGGAGGAUGAGAGCUGUUCAACCCUCCAUGGCGGGACCUACGAAGCCGCCCUAAUAAAACUCAACUCCAGGGUGGAAGCGAGUGUCCUGCUGCUGAGGAACCACGUGGCCCUGGAGGAGUUCACAGUGGACGUCGUGGUGACAAAAAAUGAAGAGGAAGAGGAGGAGGGAGCUAGUGGCGGGGUCCUCAACUUCAUCCAGGAAAGAUUCGCUGGCGGCAAGAAAAAACCCAAAAACCUGAAUAAUAACAAUAAAUCCGAGGAGGCUUUAGUGUCAUCAUGGGAGGUGUGCAGAGGGCAAGGCUACCAUGGUCUGUACGCCCUGGCCAAAAUCACCCCGGAUACCCUGCCAAAUAACCCCUGCCGAGAGAGAUACACGGCAGGGCAGUACGCUGAGGCUCUCCUUGGGGGGUGCCGCGCCCACUUCAUGUUCCAGCGCCCCAGCCCGAUUUUUGAGGCCCAGGCUUUAGGGCUGUGGGGGGCGGGGGGCGGCGGCUGUGUGUCUGCUGUGGGGGUGUGUUACCUGGUCUUGGCGUGGAGGCUUAAUGAGCGGGAGACAGCCAAGAGAGCCUCACCCCUGUCUCUCUUCCACACCGUCCCAAUCACCCCCGCCGCUGCCGCCACCACGUUUGAGAGGAAGGGACGCAAGAGAGCAGCUGUGGCGCCGAGUGAGGAGAGAAACCCCAUCACACCUGCCAGGAAGAGAACCAGAGUAGCGCCCCAGACCCCCCCACGACCCCCUCCCGCGGCAACAUGGGAGGAAGACGAUGAGGAGGAAGAAGAAGAAGAAGAGGUAACUGACAAAAGGCUACUGAAAGACAAAAUUCCUAAGGUUUGGUACAGCCCAGACAUCACUUUGCCCAACCAACAAGCAUCACCACCAGCAAGACUACCACCAUCACCGGCCAAGCAACCACCAGCAACAGCAGCCAACCAGAGGACGCCAGGCAAACGGCCGGCCAAUCAGAGACAAGCCCCGGCCACAGUGACCAGUCACACGCCGCCGUCACCCCCCAGCCCUGUCGCCCUCGUAUCGCCACCCCAGUACGUCACCCAGGAGCCCCAGGAUGACCUUGCCGACCUGACCUUUGGCUUUGAGAGGUCCACACCAAGGGGUCGGGGGCGGGGCAGGAGGACCACCACCGCCACCACCACCCCAAGGAAGAGUGUGCUGCUGCCCCAGUGGUCCGAAGAGGAGAAGGAGGAGCUGCUCACCUUCUUCGACACACUCAACCCUUCACAGACCGAACAGACCUGCAUCGCCCUCACCUGCAAGUUCGCCACAAUGCGCUUCGGCCGAGACCUCCCUUCAAAACAACUCUACCAGUGGGUGCAGCAGAAGAACCGGACCGUCCACCCGCGCCUGGUAGAAUACAACCUACCGGGGGGCAACGCCAGGGUGCACUCUGCCGCUGCCGACCUCUACCGCUCCCUCAACCAGGACGUGUCGGAGAGCAAGCGCGUCGCCUUCACCUGCCGCUUCCUGCAGACCCAGUAUGGGGUUGAGUUGUCCUCCAAGGGGCUCUUUGCUAUCCUUAGUGGGGGAGGAAAGAAACGCGGAGGACGGGCACGCUAAGAGGAGAAGGAAGGAAGAGGAGGAGGAGGAGGAGGAUGGGCAUUCUAGAAGUAAGGAAGAGGAAGAGAAAGAAGAGUACAGGAUGAGAGGAAAGUGUGUACCCAGAGAGGAAGAGAGAUAGAAUAAUGAAAGGGAACUGACAGAGAAUAGAAAGGAAGGGAGGAAGGGAAUGAGAGGAGAGAGACAAGGAAGGAUAGGAGAGACAGAUGUGCAAGAAAGGAAGGGAAAGGGAGAGAAGAGAUAUGAAAUGGGGGAAAAGGGAAGGGAGAGAAAUAUGCUGAGACAGGAUAGUAUUAAGGACAAAUUUAGGAUAGCAAUAAAGGAGAAGAUAGGGAGAAGAGGGAAAAAGGGGUAACAGGUAGGAGGAAGGAAAGAGGAAGACUUACAUGUACAAAUUUUAUGAAGGUAAGAUUUAGAGAAAGGGGAAGAGAGGAAGGGAAAGACAUGCUAAGAGAAGAAUGGACAGGGAGGAGAAAAAAGGGAAACAGGGUAAACUUAGAGAGAAAAGGAAGAGGAUAAAGAGAGAGGAAAGGAACAGGUAAAGAAGAAGGAAGAAGAGGAAAGAGAAGAUGGAAAGCAGUAAGAGGAAAUGAGAGAGAGAAAUAACAUGAUAAAAAGGAGAAAACAGAGAAAGAAGGAAAAAAAGUUAUGUUAGGGAUAGAAGAAAAAGGGAAAGUAUAGAACACAGGCAAAUAAAUAAGGGAAAGAGAAGGAAGAAGAGAAAUAAAGGGCAAUAGAAGGAGGAGUUAAGAAGAAGGAAGAAGAGUAAAGAGGAAAUGGGAGAGAAAUGGCAUGAUGAAAAGUAUAAACAAGGAGAAAGAAGGAUGAGUUAUGGAUAGAAGGGAACACAAGUAAAGGAAUAAGGGAAAGAGAAGGAAGGUGAUAAAUAAGAAGAGAGAUAAAGGGCAAUAGAAGAGGAAGUAAGAAGAAGGAAGAUGAUGAAAAGAAGUAAACGGAGAGAAAGAAGGAAGAAAAAUCGUGUUAGGGAUAGAAGGAAGAAGGACGAAGUAGAAAACACAGGCAAAUAAAUAAGAGAAAGAGAAGGAAGGUGAUAAAUAAGGAGAGAGAUAAAGAGUAACAGAAGAGGAUGUGUGAUGUGAGGAAAAGGGUUUAAAUAUUCACGUUUUCUUUUCCGCUUCGUAUUAUUAUUUUUUGGGGUGUCUCAUGUAUUCUGUUUGCUUGAUAAUGUUCACCUUUCUCGCUCUCUUUUAUUAGUAGUGUUUUUUUAUGGGUCUUUAUAUAUAUAUACAAUCUUUUCUUGACGAUAUUCACAUUUUCUUGUUUCUCGUUUAUUUCAUUAUCUUUUACUGUUUUUUAUGGGUGUCGUGAUUUUUCUUUUUCUUUACAAUAUUCCUUUUUCUUGCUCAUUUAUUACUAUUAUUAUUAUUAUUAUUAUUUUUAUGGGUUCAAUAUAUGCUUCUGUUUUUUCAUUUUUCUUUUCUUUUGUGCAGCUGUGUUUUUUUUUUUCUUCCCUUCCUUUUUUUUAUGGUGUAGAUUUUUAAGGUUUUAUUAUUAUUAUUAUUUUGUUUUUUAAGUUGCUGCCAUCUUUUAUUUUUUAUGUAGUGUGUGUAUGUUCUUUUAUGUCAUGUUUUUAUAAUCUCCAUCGACUCCUUUGUAUAAUUAAUUUGCCCAACAAGUGUUUUUAUGGCGCCAGUGUU